ACUUGUAUUUUUCUUGGUUUAGGGCGGUCCUUCCUGCUGUUUGGUCUCACUGUCACUGUUGGGAUGUUUACAGCGUUCUAUGUGUUCCAUUCCAACAAGACUCUGCUUUCUAAAUACAGAACCCUGAAGCAUGAGCCUGCCACAUAAGGUGCUGUAGCCUUCUGCUGAAAGCAAGUUUCUAAUAAGUACAACAGGCUCAGAAAAUAUGCAUCGUAGAGAAACAGGAAGUUCAACAUUUUAUCAACUGAAAACAUGUAUCACUUAAUUUGUGUUCAAAGCAGUAAAAUCGGGUUGCGGAUUACGAGGACCCCUUGGAAUGCCUCUAUUCUGUGGGAGGGGACUUUUAACAGGACCUAUUUGGAAGAGUAUUACAGGAACAAUCCCGUGACCAUCGGGCUGACUGUGUUCGCACUUGGGAGAUACCUGGAUAAGUAUUUGGAGAAGUUUCUGGCCACUGCAGAUAAACAUUUCAUGCCUGGCCAGAAAGUUAUCUACUACGUGAUGGUGGAUAACCACUCCAAACUCCCGUACAUUGAAUAUGGAACCAACCGCUUAUUAAAACCCCGGGUUGUUGCAAAAGAAGCCCGGUGGCAGGACAUCAGCAUGAUGCGCAUGAAGACUCUGGCACACAUGCUGCAGGACUUUAUCAAGGACGAGGUAGACUAUGUGUUCUGCAUGGACGUGGACAUGGACUUCCGCGCCCCCUACGGGGUGGAGACACUGGGGGAACUCGUGGGCCAGGCCCAAGCCUGGUUCAUGAAUUCACCCAAUACUGAGUUUACCUACGAGAGACGACCCGAAUCCAAAGCAUACAUUGAAAUGGGGCAGGGCGACUUCUACUAUCACGCGGCUGUGUUUGGGGGAACCCCGUCCCGGGUUUUGGAUCUAGUGAGAAGUUGCUACGCUGGUAUAAUGGAAGACAAGAAAAAUAACAUUGAGGCUGUGUGGCAUGAUGAAAGCCAUCUGAAUAAAUACUUUUUGGAACACAAGCCCACCUUGAUUUUAUCACCAGAGUACUGCUGGGAUUAUAAGAUACAUACAAAAAUGGAACAUGUCAAGUUGGCUUGGGCUAUGAAGGACUAUGCAGAAGUACGGGACAAUGUUUAACCAGCAAGGAACCAGAAUUGGGAACUGUUUAUGUCAUUGAGCUUUAAAAUCAGUUAUACAAAGUACACUUGAUGAUGAUGACAUCCCGUUGAACACAGCGUAUGACAGAGCAGAGUUGUUCUGGAACACCAAGGCGGAUUUGAGUGCUUUUAUGCUGCGGCAUAUAUACUGCAAUGUGUGAUUAGUGGGAUAUAAUACAUUUAGAAUUAUAACCUAACAGGUCUCCGAGUGGCUCAUUCAGUUAAAGAGCUGCCAUUGAGAGCACAGGAUGGGUCACAAGGCAUGGAUGGUGCCUGUUUGAGUCCGAGCUGUGCAAAGAGCCCCCCACCUCUGCUCUGAAUGGCUCGCGUAAAAGCGUUUGUGGCUCUAGGCUUGUGAGAUCAGAGGACGCUCACAUGCCCUCAGAAUGUCUGUGCUGUGUGGGGACUCGCUGGGGUGAGGAGAAAAAACAUAACUGGACAUUCCAAAUAUAAUCUAUUUUUAUAUUUCUUUUAUACUGGUUUGUUGUAAGGGUGUUGUAUGUUUUGAAUAGAAGAAUAAAUGGACAAGCCGUUGUAGGAAAUACUGAUAAAGGUUAAAGAAAGUUCUCUGAUUGAUUUAUUUAGUCAUAGUGUCUCCCCACAUCACUUUGGUUCAUGGGUAUCAAUCAGGUUAAUAAUAAGAUGGGGAGCUAAUUUAAGGAUGUUCAAUUUUUGAUACUUGUGGGACUUUUUUUAAUAUAUAAAUAUGAUUAUGCCUUCUGAGAUGAAUAAAUAAAGAUCCUUGGCAAUGUGACAAUAAUGAAUGUCUCUGUAUGGUGUGUUGAAGUUGCUUCUGAUUAAUUAAAAGAGUUGCACACUUGCUCUGUGAUUGGUGCUUCUGACCUCAUCUCUCUCUCAUGUAUAUGUACAAAAGUAGGCUGGUCCACUCUGUUCAAACGCCUGUCCAAACACCUGUCCAAAUGUUAGUUGAAUGAAGCUGUAGGAUAUUUCACUUGAACACCACAACAGAAAAUGAGUUACAAAAUAUACUGCAAAUCAAAGAUGCUGCAAACACUAAAAUCACCAUCGCUUUCAGUGUUUUCCGACUUCUUACAAUUCAAACAAACCCAACUCGACGAUGAAAAUAAAUAUGACCUUCACAAACUCAGCAGAGUCCUCUGAAAAUUGGACAGUUCUGUGCUAAAAAAAAAAAAAAAAAACUUGAAUAACUACGCGCACUGGACUUAAAAAACACGACUUUCUUAACUGAUUCAUAAAGCAAAUAUGGACUGCUGAGCUCGGCUCAUAGAUGGAAAUUAAAGACCCUUCAGGAUGAGCUAUAGUUGAGCAAAUCUGGAAUAGCUGUGUAACAUUCCUGUCCUGAAGUAAUAUAUAUAUAUAUAUAUAUAUA